GUAAUAACCUGAGCCCCCCCUCUUGGCCCCUGCUUCGUUGUCACAAUCACCAAAAACCAUAAACAGGAGAGAACAAGAAAAGACCUUAUUUCGUUUACAAGGGGGAAAGAAGAGAGCGAUAGAAAGGGAUCGUGAGGUGUAAUAAUGGAGAAUCAUGAGGAGGAAGUGAAAGAAAAAGAGAUGACGGAGGAGGAGGGGGCGGAGGAAGAGCAGGAGGAAGGGGAUGAUGUGACCAGCUUGACGCUUGAAAGGGUGGCUGCGGCUAAGCAGUUCAUUGAAAGCCACUAUAAAGCUCAUAUGAAACAUAUCCAAGAUCGUAAAGAAAGGCGCUUGGUUUUGGAAAAGCAGUUGGCAUCUUCUGAUUUUCCAGAAGAAGAACAAAUCAAUCUGCUCAAGGAGUUGGAGCGCAAAGAGUCAGAUUAUAUGAGGCUUAAAAGGCACAAGAUCUGUGUCGAUGAUUUUCAUCUUUUAACAAUUAUUGGAAGAGGAGCUUUUGGAGAGGUAAGAUUGUGUCAAGAGAAAAAAUCAGGUGAUAUUUUUGCCAUGAAAAAGUUGAAGAAGUCAGAAAUGCUUAGCAGAGGACAGGUUGAACAUGUAAGAGCUGAGAGGAAUUUGCUGGCAGAAGUUGCCAGUCACUUCAUUGUGAAACUCUAUUAUUCUUUUCAAGAUGCUGAGUAUCUAUAUCUAAUCAUGGAGUAUCUGCCUGGUGGUGACAUGAUGACUUUGCUAAUGAGAGAAGACACUCUAACUGAGACUGUGGCUAGAUUUUACAUUGCUCAAAGUGUUCUGGCCAUUGAAUCUAUUCAUAGGCAUAAUUACAUUCACAGAGACAUUAAACCUGAUAAUCUUCUAUUGGACAAAAAUGGUCAUUUGAAGCUUUCGGACUUUGGUCUUUGCAAGCCUCUAGACUGUAGAAAUUUAUCAUCUAUAAACGAAAAUGAAACCCUUGAUGAUGAGAAUUUGAAUGAAUCAAUGGAUGUUGAUGGACACUUCCCUGAAUCUGGUAGAGGAAGGCGCUGGAAAAAUCCCCUUGAACAGUUGAAGCACUGGCAACAUAAUAGGAGGAAAUUGGCAUUCUCAACAGUUGGAACACCAGAUUAUAUUGCCCCUGAAGUAUUGCUCAAGAAAGGAUAUGGCAUGGAGUGUGACUGGUGGUCACUUGGUGCUAUCAUGUAUGAAAUGCUUGUUGGUUAUCCUCCAUUUUACUCUGAUGAUCCAGUGACUACAUGCAGAAAGAUUGUGCACUGGAGAAAUCAUUUGAAAUUUCCAGAAGAAGCAAGGCUGACACCAGAAGCAAAGGAUUUGAUCUGUAAAUUGCUUUGUGAUGUUGACCAUAGGCUUGGUACACAAGGAGCGGACCAAAUUAAAGCCCAUCCUUGGUUCAAAGAUACUCGUUGGGACAAACUCUAUGAAAUGGAAGCAGCAUUUAAACCGCACGUUGAGGGAGAGUUUGAUACUCAAAAUUUUAUGAAAUUUGAUGAGGUGGACUGUCCAAGAACAGGAUCCGGGCCAUUAAAGAAGACGUUUUUAGCUCCUAAAGAUCUUAAUUUUGUGGGCUAUACAUACAAGAAUUUUGAGGCUGUCAAAGGGUUGCGCCAUUCUUUUGCGGAUGUAAAGGAGUUUGGACCGGUAAGGCAGGCAUCAACCGACUCGUUCCACAGUGAUUCUGGUGUGGACUACUCUAAUAGUGAUAAGGAAACAAGGAUGCUCUGACUAUCAGAAGAGAUGGCAUACAUGUCACUUUGUGGAGUGGCUCAAUCUUUUACAUGUACAAACACCAUGCACAAUGGAUAAACAAACUCUUUUUAUAUUUUGAUUGAUGGGUCUGCCUGCUUAUUUCAGUCAGGUUCUACCAUGAGCUUCUUAUUUAGCCAAACUAAUAAGUGUACAGUAUUUAUGAGUUAGAAAGGAGUAGAGAUUUUUGAUGGGGUUGGUUGGUAGUAGCCAUAAGGGAGAAUUUUAAUGUCCAUUUAGUCUUUGAGUUAAAAUGUCUUAAUUCAAAGUCAAAGGUUCAGCAGUCAAGAUACUGGUUGGUAUUAUAUGAAAGCAUUGUUCUUCGGUAAUGAAUUGCAAAUUAUAUGAAAUCAUCUUUCUUUAGUUUUAUCA